UUAAUAUUCAUAAAUUAUGUAAUAAUUUUUACAAAAAAAUAAAAUUGUUAACAUAUGUUAAAUUAAUAUUUAGAACUAUAUAUCAUCUAUUAAGUUAUUUUUAAAAUGACAGCAAUAUAUUAUCAUAAAUUAUUAUAUACAAAAUAAUAUAAAAUUUUAUAUCUAUAAAUGAAAUGUUACCCGCACAGGUGUGCGGGUUAAAAUCUAGUUAUUCUUAAGCAGAUAACAAAAUGGAAUUUAUAUUAUAAUUUGUGGCGUUGUGGCUAUUUAUUUUUUCAUUUUGGAUUAAAUUUUUAUAAUAGUUACCAAGUAAUUCUCAUUUUACCAAACAAAAAGAAGUAAUUCUCAUUUUUUCGGAAAUGUCACUAACUUUUGUUCAAAGGAUUUAUGCAUUUUCUUGUAGUCGAAUGGAUAUAUUGGAAGAACAGGUAGAGUGUCAACAUCAUAGUGAAGGGAAGAAAUCGAUCUGUUCUAUGUUCUGAACAUCAUCAACUUCCCUAUGUCCCGUAUGUUCUUUUCAAUUAGACGCCAUCUCUCUCUAUUUGUCACUCUUUGUGGUUGGUGCUGCUAUGGCUUAACUUGACAUGAGCGUGUUCAUGAGUUUAUCGAUGUGGGCCUAGGGCCCAUGAGUAUCCAGUUAUAUCAAUUGAAAACACGGUCACGUGGUAAAAUAUUAGUCCAUGCAACAGGAUUUCACUGAAGGAAAAUGAGUAUUUGUCUUGUUUUAUUUCUAAUCAUGCUUUCUGGUUUAACAUAGAUUAAUGUUUAUAGUUAAUUUAGUGAGGUUAAUAGUAAUAUUUUUAUUAUAAACGGUUGUUAACACAAACGAGAUUGAGAAAACAUGAUCUUCAUCGUACACAUACUCACUACAAAAAAAAGCUUUUUUUACCGGACGAAAAACGCUAUCUAACGAUAUGAUAGCAGUUUAUGAAACGAUGUAUCAUCGCCCGUCAUAGUAGGCCAGACACAUCAGAUAGCGGGUUUUUGCAUUGUUAUCGUAUUGUCACUACAAGAAAACACAAUAUUAACGACGGCUAAAUUUGUAGUAACUUCUUCGUAAAAGAGGUUUUACAAGGAACUAAUGAGGAAAUACGUUUCGUCGUUAUUCGUUCGUCGUAACGCAUAUUUCUUCACCAAUUCAUCGUAAAUUAGCGAAGAAAAAUUUCGUCGUAAAAACAAAGAACACUAUUCGUCGUAAAAACUACGUAAACUUUCCACGUAAGGAUGACGCUACAUUUCCUCGUAAAUUACACGUAAAUAUUUUCACGUAAAAUACUCGUUAAACUUUCCUUAUAGUGUUGAUGUAAACAUUUUGCUUGUUAGUUCCUCGUAACUUUUCGACGUAAAGUAGUCGUAAUUUAGCUAAGGAUUUACUUCGAUUUUGAUAUUUUCAGAAUUAAAAAAUAUAAUAAAAUUAUUUAAUUAUUUAAUAAAAAUCUAAUUUAAAAAUAAAAAUAAAUACGAAAAUAUUUUAUACAUAAAUAAGUUUUGAAUAAAAUACAACCAACGAAAAGAACAAAAAACUAUGGGUCGUUCAUCACCCGGUAGAAUUCCUCACUCCUCCUCUCUACAUCCGCGUUGGCAUGUGUGUCGGAUGAUGACUCACCUGAAAUGGGACUUUUUCAUCGCAUGUUCCUCAACAAGGACUCCCAUUCCGGAUUUGUCACCGCUAUAACGUCCAAGAAGCCCUCGACUCCACCCACACGAGCUGCGCGUCGAGUCCAACUCGUUACGCAGCUGAGUGACUUCAUCUUCCCGUCUUUGACCAUAAGACGAUAUCACUUUCGGAGCAUCGUUGAUGGAACCAUUCUCCAACGUACGUCUCUUUUUCUUAGGGACAACCUUAAAAACAAAAAAAUAAAUAUUGUUAGUAAAAAGUUAAAGUUAAAUUAAAUGAAUAAUAAAAAAUUUAAAAUUUCAAAAAAUUUACCUCUUCGUAAAUUUUACCCACUUCAAGUGUGGAUAAGGUGACAGCUAAUCCGUUGGUGGACUGCUGGGUCUGGCGGUCUUCAACGUGACCAACCAAGUCGUUGAAGAUCUGCUCGGACCUAACAUCUGGAAAUUGGCCCGCCUUGUUCUUGUGGGUCCUCUCGUAAAGUUACAAAAGAGACGGAAGUUCUCCAUCUCUUUGGCCUAAAAAAUAUUUAAGAAAGUUAGAAUAUAUAUAUAUAUAUAAUUAAUUAAAUUAAAUAUUUAAUUACCAUAUCAGUCCGGCGUGGGAUUUUUGACCCGUAAAGUAAAGCAUCGGUCCGUGGUCGUGCUCAUCUACCGUCUGACGGGAGGCGGAGCAAGAUUCGGCGACUCUAAUGGCGUCAGGAUCCCGCCAAUAACGGAUGAGGCCAUCUCACACAUCCGUGGUGAGCUCAGGAGGUUUGCCACAUUCAUACCUCUUCACGAUCCAGUCACUCUUUCUGUUGGAGACCGUGUCCAACAAGCGAGUUUGCGCCUUCGCGUUAAACGUUUUCUUCACCCUCUCAUUGAUCCCCAUGGACCAAUGGUAUUUUUGUUGUAACACGAAAAAAAUAAAUUAAAAAUUAGUUUUAAAAAAAUUUAAAUUUUAAAUCAUAAAAAAAUUAAAGUAUAUAUAAUUAAUUAAUAGUAACUUACAUCGAAAAUUUUGACCAUGUCUUUCUGACGUGGAUCGGCGUCUUUCUCCAGUUUAGAUGUGGUUCGGGGAAGUAACCUUUGAUCGUCUCGGUUACGUACCGAGCAACACAUACGUCAAUUCCAUAUCUGAAAAAAAAAUUAAGUAUAAAUUAUUUAUUAUUGUUAGACAAGUAUAAAAAAAUUUAAAAUAUAAAAUUUAAAGCGAAUUUCCUGUAUUUUUAGUAAAUUUACACAUACUUUGUUUUCUGUGGACCAUUUGUAAUCUACACUGACUUUUUUUUUUUUUUGGAACAACACUGAAUCUUUAUAGUUCUUUUGUGUAUACUAGAUUUUGGGCCAAUUUGAAACCAUCCUUGUAAACUUAUACAGCGGCCAUUAUAAAAUUUCGUCUAUUUAGCUAGCUAGCUUAGGAAAAUUUAUUUAAAAAGAAAAGCAAAAACGAUUGUGGGCUGUGUUUUAUUUUUUCCUUAAAAAUUGUGCCACGUAAAUAAUGAUUGAACUGAUGUGAAAUUGUGAAUAGCUAGAAAGAGAAAAAUGGGAGAAUUUAAUAGUCAUCCCUUUGAUAAUAUUGUUAUGGUUCAAUUCCAUGUUCGGGAACGCGCUAGGCGCUAGUCGGGCGGCCGGGUCGGGCCUAACGCCUAGAAAAAAAAUCAGAAAAUAAUCGAAAAUUAAUCGGGGUCUAAUUUUUUAAUAUUAUUUUAUAAUAAUCAUAGAUAUAUAAACACAAUAUGAAUAUAAACAUCCAAAUACAGACAUAGACAGUGUAAAAUACCGUGGUGUAGUGGCUUGUGAUGAUACUGUCAUAGUGCGAGGUCAGUGGUUCGAUCUUUGAUAAGCACAUUUUAAACUUUUUACGCAAAAAAAAAUAAAAAACAUAUAACAGAAGAUUCCACAUCGGUUAAUCAUAACAAGAAGAGAGGUUGAAGACAUCUAUAAAUAACACGAGAUAGUUUGAGUCUUGACUUGGAAUUGGGCUUUACGAUUUAAGCUCACAUUUAGCCACAUAGUUAAAAUUAUUCUGUUAUUAGGCGGAUAAAAUCGGUUUCAAAACCGAUUAAUCGCCAAACCGGCCGGUUACGAGGCUUGCCGAUUAGCUAAGGCGAUUUGGCCUUAGUCGCGGCGUUUGCUUGCCGCCGAGCGCCUAGGCGGCCGAUUAUGCGGCUAGGCGCCCGCGUUUUUGAACAGAGGUUCUAUCAAUGGUUUUGUCUUUUUUUUUUUUUUGCCAUCUAUAAUAUAUUAAAACAGGUAAAAGCCAAAAGAAACCAAACAACAGGACCCAACCCCGGUAAGCCCAAAACAACAGGCCAAAACAAAAAAAAACAACAAACUAAAACAUGGCCUCCGGCCCAGCUACCUAGUCGGACAAGCCGACGAAAACACACCUUAGGACUUGCGUGUAGAUUUAACCGAAAGAGGAGGACACAUGUCAUCACCUCAAUAAUAAGGAAAGACACCCGUCACACGAUCAUCACACCGUCACCGAUCGUGACCCAACCGCGAGGUUACCGUCGGCGAAGACGAAAAGCGACCACGAAUUUCGCCAGAACAAGCCUGAAUCAGUUCCACACCACCAGAUUCAACUGGGACCUUAACCAGAACCACCAAAACCACCUCCAACGACUGUAUUGGAAGAUUAAUGGAUUCAGUUUCUUCAAUCGUACGCGUCGGAGAGAAUCAAUCGAACGGAAUCGAGAUCUCAUCCAAGCUCAGGCCCACACUCACCAUAACGAACCCUUCACACACCUCGAGCACUCCCGAGGAAACCAAACAACACCACCCAAUCUUGCGAUACUUUAGCCGGUGAUCACCACCGAACACGAACGGAACAACUCGAGAUAGAGCUAACAACGCCAUCAAAGUUUCAUCGCCGGAUACGAACACCGAUAGUUCCGCCAAAGUAAGGGCGAACCACAAAAAUCAAAGCCGGCUACACACCGUCAAGAGGACCGCCGUGUACCAGAAUCGGUAAUCCCUACUCCGUAGGGAACCACCGCGACUCUCGAUCUCUCAAAAAAUCUCAGAGAGAGAAGAGAGAGAAAAUCUACCAUUCCCUUUCUAUCAAUAGUUUUGUCAUCUAUUAUUCGUAUGAAGUAAUCAUUUAUUUUUUUGUUAAAAAAGUAAUCUUUUUUUUGUGGCAGAAAAAUACCAGGCCAAAAUCUAUUUUUUCUUUCUGAAGUGCACAACCUUGUUACCUUUUUUUUUUUUAUUGCAAACACCAUGUUUUAUUAAUUCAGAGGGAACAUGUUAGCUUUUUGAGCUAGCCAUCCCGGAAUUUCAGAGUUUACAUGGGAGAAAAUAGAGUUUUGCAAGCGAGCUCCUUUUGCAAAGAGGUCCGCUCUUACAUUACGCUCUCUAGCAAUGAAAGAAAUCAAAAAUUCUGUAAAAGAUGAUACUAUAUGAAUGAAUUCAUUCCAUUCUAAAGUCAUAGCUGGCCAAUCUUCUUCAUCGUUAAUCAAUUUAACAAGCGGAAGACAAGAUAUGAUAUGAUGCUUAUCGAUGCAUCUAGAUUAUAAUUAAAUGUGUUGAUGAUUUUGGCAAUCAUCUUCCAAUUAACAUAAUUUAGUAUCUCUAAUUUAUGAUCUGGAUCAUAUAAACCACCUAAAUAAUGGAUCAAGCAAACUAAUUAACCACAGUUUAGAAAUGUUUUAAGUCCAAAUACUAUAUUCAACCAAAUAACAAUUUGGUAUCUAAUGAUUAAUUCCAAAGGUUGUGAACUCACUUAUGUUAAAGGUUGUGUCUUUUCUAAAAGUUGUCAAAACAGUUGUGUUUUUUCUAAAAAUUGAAUGUUGAAAGGUUGUGUAUUUUCUAAAAGUUGUCUAAAUAGUUGUGUAUUUUCUAAAAAUUGUCAAAAAGGUUGUGUAUUUUCUAAAAGUUGAAUGUUGAAAGGUUAUAUCUUCUCUAAAAGUUGUCUAAUAGUUGUGUCUUUUCGUCCUAAAAAUAUUUUAUAAACAUCUUCGUUAAUGUGAACGGUUGUGUCUUUUAAAUAAAAAAAUGUGAUUAAUCUUCAAAAUUUCUCAAAUUUUGAAAUGAUAUAUCUUCCUAUAAUUAUUUGAAUUUUCACGUGCAAUAAUUAUAAAAGGUUGUGAAAUAAUAAUAAAAAUCCUAACAGUUUUAUCCUUUCACUAUAAAAAGUUGUGAAAAAUGUCACCAAAGAUUGCAUCCUUCUAUUUCUACAAUUGUACCUAACCACUUAGAGCAUGCGCAUCAAGAGUUCAAGGGAGGGGGUCACACGUUUUCCAAAAAAAAAAAAUAUUAAAAUAAGCAUAAAUGAAGACUUCGGCUCGUCCCGCCUCUUCCGCGUGAACUCGGGUCGUGACUGUUCAGCGGGCCCCAUGCCACAUGGCGGCCCGCUAUUGGUCACUUUAUUUAAUUUUUUUUUUAAAUCAAACGAAAUAAAAAAUAAAAAAUUAAUUUCUUGAACUUCAACGAGCGGUUCGCCGCUGCGCAUGCUCUUAACUUUUUAGAAGUUGCACAUUUUACUACUCAAUACUUAUACAUUUUAAAUUUGAUCAAUUGUAGAUGUUUUACAAUUGCAACUUAAUUUCUAUUAAUUGUUAUAUAUACAUGUUCGUUGUAAACCGUUAAACUUUUGAAAGAUUGCGUACUUUGCCACUCGUACCUUUUCAAUUCUAUUUAAACAAUCUUGGGUGGAAUUUUAGACACAAAAAAUCAAUUAUUGGGUGUAUCACACAUGACGUGAUCAAGGAGUUAUCUAAGCGUCUCAAGGAUUAGUCUGAUUGGUAAAAUUAUGAAAUUUACAUUCUUCACGUACAAACUUGCAUAAGUAUUCUAACCUAGACGUCAUUAACUUGCACUUUACAAUGUUAAUGGUGAGAAAGUGAUUACAACAAAUUUUGUCUUAAAUCUGAAUAUUAAUUAAUUUUGUUUUACAUUGCAGAAUCCUUAUUAAAAUGCAUUCUACUUAUAUCAAAGUCAAAGUAGAACUAACAAUGGCAAUACAGUGAAAAAUUACAUUUUCACAUUUUUAAUUGUUAAACAAAAAUUACAUUUUCACAUUUUUAAUUGUUAAACAAAUAUAUGAUUUCAAAAACAAUUAAAAAUAAUAAAAAUUAGACAACAAAAAUGAAAAUUAGUUUUUUUUUUAAGUUGGAAGUAAAUUUAAACAGUGGAUGGUGACAUGUGUGUGCUUAUCUCCAGCUUUAAUUACCAAUGCUUAUACCUUUGUCUACAGAACGCUGCCGCUUUAGACAAGAAACCAGGAGUUUGCCGUGACUGCCAGGUCAUUGGUCCUGUUCUUAGAGAGUUACAUUCUCUUAGCUUACUAAACUCUAAUUAUAUCUAUAUGAUUUAAGAUUACAUCUUCCUAUGUUAAAAGUCAAAGUCAUAACGAUUAUCUGUUUCCGUUUGAUAUGUUGCAAAAACCUCAUGAGCUUGACAUUGAUGCCCUUAUGUGUUUAUAUGAUUAGGUGAUAUGUGUACAUGAAAACUGAAAUCUAUCAACCGAAAACGAGCCAAAGAUGUGUAUUGUGUUUACAGAAUGUCCUAACUGUUACGGUUUGUCUCGCAGCACAGAAGCAAUAAUUAUGAUUAUAGAAGAGGAAGAAACUAAUUCAUUGUGGAUGCAUGGGAAGCUAUAGGAGAAUGGGUUGCAAGAACAUGUUUUUGUAAUGUUGCUAGCUUCUUUUUUUGUAAUGUUGCGAGCUAUGUGUUGUUAAUUCUGUAUAAACCUAAGAGUUUUCUUCUUUCUUUAAAUAGUCUUGACAACUCGAUUUCACCUUCCCUACAGGGACGACAACGAUACAAACCUCAGUCCUCAGACAUGAACCAGUCCCUGAGAAGAACCCUCUUGCCUAUGCAUUUGAAGAAAAAAAAUGAUUAAAUUUAAAUUAAAUUAUUUUAUUAUAAUUUUAUUAUGUGUUGUUAAUUUUUAUAAUCAUGAAUCACAUUAUUUUGUCAUAGAUUUUAUAUUUUAAUUUUAAUUUGUUUAUUAAAUAUUUCAAUGGAUUAUUUUAAAUAAAUUAAAACAGCCUUUUCAUUAAAAAUCCUAACAAAUAAUAAAUUUAAUAUUUUUAAAAUAUUUUCAAAUAAGAAUUUACGUUUUAAGUAAAUAUAAAUUCACUGCUAACUUUGUUUUCAAAUAUAGCUUUGCAUAUAAGAUUAUGUUAUAAUGCAAAAAAAGAUUAUUUAUAAUAAAAUUAAUGUAAGAAUUAUAUAUUGAUAACAUGGUUAACUUUGUUUUAGCUUGUGGCAAAAUACCAGGGAAGAGUAAAGUUCUUCUUUAUAUAUAUAUAUAAAGAAGAACUUUACUCUUCCCUGGUAUUUUGCCACAAGCUAAAACAAAGUUAACCAUGUUAUCAAUAUAUAUAUAUAUAUAUAUAUAUAUAUUCCUAUAAGAUUCUAACAAACACGUGUGUGUAUAAAUAGUAACAAUAGCUUCAUAUUAUCUAUUUAUCUGUCUUAAAAUAUCUUUAGUUAUAGUGAUAAAGUUAUUUUUUCAUUGUGUUAAUCAUUAGUUUUCCAAAAUGGUAUUAGCGUAAAACCAAUUCAAUUUUGAAACAAAUAUAUAACUAAGAGAGAAAAUGAGCUCAUCUAUUUACUCCAAUCAAUGGUAUUUUUUUUAAAAAAAAAGCUAUGUUAGUUAUUGGUAUAACUGAACUAAAGUAAACAUUGAGAAAAAGUAAAUAGUUAUAUUUUCUAUAAAAAAAUAUUAUAGUUAGACAAGUAUAUAAAUUUUAAAACGAAUAUCAAAACAAAUAAAUAAAAUUAUUAUAAAAAACUAUGAAUGUUAAUGCUACUUUAGAUAACAGUAAAUAAACAUAUAAAAUAAAUUUAUACUAUUAAUUUGUUUAUUCGUCCCCUCGUAGGGAGGUUUACCCUCGUCUAUAUAUACAUUAUCGUUCGUGACGUUCGCAGUUAAUUAUUUUUCAUUAUGGGGUAACUUUUACAAGCUAGAAUCAAAAAAAAAAUUAGUUACCAAAUACAUUCUCAUUUUUUCGAGGAAAAAAAUUUUCGAGAAAUUUCCCCUAUAGACGUCUAGUUUUGUUUCUACCAACUUUUGUAUUAAAAGGAUUUAUGAAUUUUUCUUUUUCUUGGAGUCGAAUGGAUAUAUAAAAAAAUUGGUUGGGCUGUCAACAUCAUAGGAUCGAGAAGAAAUUGAUCUGUUCAAUUCAAUUAAUGUUCUGAACAUCAACUUCCCGAUGUUCUUUUCACUAAAUGUUCAUUCGACUACAAAUUGCAGUUUUAUUUUUGAACAUUACAAACUGAAGUUUCCAAACUAAUGUUCCCGUCACUAUCAUAUGGCAUCAGCCAUAGCUCCAGCAUACUUUUUUAACUUAUAGAAAAAAUGUUGAUAACAUAAAAAAUGUCACGAGUCAACAUAAAUUUUUACUGCUUAUGCAUCUGUUAUUUGAUAAGUAAGUACAUAAAUUUUCGAUAAGAGGGAGAAGAAGAUUGGACAUAAAUGUUUUGAUAUUUUUUUCAAGGUCUAUAGAUGAAUUAUGCCAAUGGACCGAUCCUGAGUCAAAUCAAUUGUAUAGUCUAUAUAUGGUUAGACGCAUAGGUUAUAUAUGUAUGCAUGUUUAAAAAAUCACCAAAAUUAAAGUACUCCCGAAUCAUUAUAAUUGUUUAAAAGCAAAUAAGCCCUAAAAAGAAAGUUGUUGACUAUAAAACGUGUUGGAUUACAGAGUGUGGACCGUCUUUUUGUUUUUUUGUUUUACUUUAAAAAGUGCGCCACGUGAAUGAUGAGUGAAUUGAUGUGAACUAAAUAAAUUGUCCAAUAAAUUGAAGAAUUUUUCCAAUAAAUUGGAGAAUUUAAUAGUCACCCCUUUGAUAGUUUUUUUUUUAUUGAAAGAGAAAUAAAAAAGACCUCUGAUAGUUCUUUUUUUUUGACAUCUGUUGUUUUAUCAAUAGUUUUAGUUAAAUUCAUAAAAUAUAUAGAAAUCGUUUUUUUUUGGUUGCGGAAAGAUACCAGGCCAAAACCUAGUUACUCCGGAGAUGAUGCUUACCGAUGAUCGAUGGAUAGAGAUUAAUAAAUGUAUGUGCUGUUGAUAUCGGCUAUCACAUUCCAGUAAAUAUAAUUUAGAAUCUCUAACUUAUGAUCUUGAUAUAAACCACCCCAAAUUAUGGUGCAAGCAAACAAAUUAACCACGGUUUACAAAUGCUGAAGUCCAAAUAUUAUCGUUAACCAAAUAACAUAAAUGGUAUCCCGUAUCUAUUUUAAUUUUGUGACAUUGUGGCUAUUUUUUGUGUUCAUUUUGGGUUAAAGUUUACAAAGUACAAAUAUUAGUUACCAAGUGAUUUUCAUUUUUUCGAGAAAACAAAUUUUCAUUUGUCUUAUACACGUCUAGUUUUGUUUUCACCAACUUUUGUUAAAAGGAUUUAUGCAUUUUUUGUUUUUCUUGUAGUCGAAUGGAUUAUAUAGAAAGAUCGGGUCGGGUGUCAACAUCAUAGUAUAUAGCAGAAAUCAAUCUGUUUUUUUUUUCAAUUAAUGUUCUGAACAUCAACUCCCUAUGUCCCCUAUGUUCUUUUCAGUUAAUGUUAACUGAAAAUCUACAUCGAAUAAGUAAAUUUUAAUACUGUAUUAUCAUUUAUUUGUUCUUUUAUACUAGAAUUAGGUACAACGACUUUUGUUAUAUGUAAAAACCAUAUAAUUUAUCAAUACAUAGUCCAUUGCUUUGUGUUGUGUCUCAUCUGCAUCAUAAUCAUAUUUUGGUUUUAAACCCACAUUUGUUCAUAUUAGUGAUAUUUGAAUAGAAGGGCCAUAAAUUUUUAUUACAAAAUCAUAACUAUAAAUAAUGCGUACUCUAAAGAUUGGCUCUUAUCAAACGUACCAGAUUUUAUUAAACUCAAGGAUAUAAACAUGCCAAAAGCAACAUUUCUAACUAACUAAAACUGCAGCUGCUUUGUUUGAACAUUACAAAUUAACUUAUGUUUUUUGGGUGUAAAUGUUAAGCCCAAACUAAUGUUCCCGUCAUUAUCAUAUGGCAGCGAUCGCUUCAGGCCUCCAGCAUCUAAUCUAUUAAAAUAGAGUCCUAAUUGAAAUUUACCUUGGCAUGUUUUAAAUUUGGACCUAUUGAAUAUGUUGUGACUAAAUAAUAAACACACAUUUUAUAUACAAUUUUAAAAUAAUGUAAUUUUGUUAACCUAAUAAUAUGCCUAAAUUUAAUUGUAACAUUAACUCAUAGUCAGUCGAUUCUGAUUAUUUGUAAUUGAAUUGUAAAAUCAGAAAACCAAACCCUAAUUUUAAUUUCUGGGUUGUGUAUCCAAAGAGAAGAAUAUGAUAUCUCAAUUUUUGAUCAGACCAAAAUGUCGUACUUUCUUACCUUGAAGCAGACGUUUUUAUAGUCGCGAUCGUGUCCGACUCCAAGGAGAAAAAAGUGUUUGUGUUCUGUUUUUCUAUAUGUCUCUGUGUUUCUUCUGUUAUUAUCAUCGUGGUCUUUUUAUAAUGCGAUUCGAACAUAUCGAUGGUCGUCUCUUUACUCUAUCUUGGAUCGAUGAACAAUAGUUAACCUAAAUCCAUUAUUGGUGUAGUUUUCAAUUCCAGCGUUAUUGAAUCUGUUUUCAAAUCUCCUCUAACAUUCGUUGAUGUGAUGAUAUUGGCGUAGAUUAACCAUUGUAUAUAUGUUUGCUUGCUGAUUAAUUAUAUAUUGAAGUGACUGCUCUUUGUCGUGAUAGCUUUUGUCACUUUUUGUUUUAAUUAUUAUGUUUGAUACUGAGUCUUUCUUGUGUUCUUUAACGAGAUUGCAAGAAAAAAAAACUAUGGUGAUUGAAUAAUCGUAAAACAAUUGAAAAUUGAGCAAUUGGAGGGAUUAAAAAAAGUGAGAUAGAGUUCAACAAGUUUGUGCGGUAAUCUACAUGGAACAAACGGAACUUCUGACAUAACAUUAUAUUUAAGAACACAUAUGAUCUCCUUCUUCUCUCCAAGCACCAGCAUCUCCACCGCCAAAGGCCAACAUGGGAUGGGAGCUGUUAAAGUGUCACAUACAUCAUUCUCAUAGAAAUAAAUAAAAGAAAAGUAAAAAUAUCCGCCCAGCAACUACAGUUUUAUCAUGAGCUAUAUAAAUAAUAUUAUUUUUAUUGAAUAAUAAACGGCUAUAUAAAUAACCAAAAAUAUCAUUAAACAAAUUUUAAAUAAUGAAUUAUAAAUUUAAUCUAUAAAAUAAAAGAUCAGUUGCGUGGACGUGCAUCUGAUAACCAAACCCAAAUUCAUAAAUAAUUGAACCGUUUAUAUAUUUUUUGAACCUAAAACUAAAACUAUAAUCAAACUAAAACCAAACCUAAGACUGAAAAAUAGAAUCCGGAACAAAUCGAAAACCGAGUUUCCAUACCUAAAUAUAUUAAUGAUAAUUAAUAAAUUAAUUAACAAAGAAUAAUUUCGCGCUUUCAAGCGCGGGUACUAUCCUAGUAAUUUUUUUAUCUUAGAGAAAAUUCGUUGAUAACAGAAAAAUAUCACGAGUCAACAUAAUUUUAUACUGCUUAUUCAUCUGUUUUUUGAUAUUAUAUUUUUAGUAUACUUUCUUUUUACAUAUUCGACAAGAGGGAGAAAAAGAUUGAACAUAAAUUUUUGAUAUAUUCGUUAAAGUCUAUAAAUGAAUUAUGCGUACGUAUAAUAGUGUAUGGACCGAUCGAGAGCCAUAUUAAUUGUAUAAUCUAUAUGCAUAGAGAUAUAGGUUACACAUGUUAGUUUAUUAAAUAAAAAUCAACAAAAUUAAAGUACUCCCAGUGGCUUGUUACAUGUACAAUAUAUACAUCUCAUAUAUCACUAUAAUUGUUUAAAACCUUUUUGGUCAAAAUAAAAAUGGUGACUAUAUAUAAUAUAGCCAAAGAAUAACAGGAAUAUAUAUAAAUGUUGUUGGUUUAGAAGCUAUAGCAAUUUAGAAGAAACAAAGAUAAUGGAGGGUUUCAUGGUGAAAACUGCCAAGACCAUUUGGUGAAUAAUUAAUGUUAUAGGAGUGCUAGGUGUGAUGCAAAGAAUUCAAUCACAAACAAUGAUUAACCUCUAAACACUACUCUAGUGUAAUUUCAUCCCACGUGCUACACUUUUUCUCUUUUUCAUAUCUCGAUCUGCUUGUUAACGUUGUCAUGAUCUGCCUAUUAACUAUAUAUUCCACAAUCAUCAACAUAAAUGAUAUGCAACCAAAUAAAUUGUUUGCCAUUCAUAAACUUGAAUACGACAUUAGCUGUGUUCGUUUCUUUGCCGCAAGACGCAGCGGCAGCGGCCAAAAAUUAAACGGGAAUCAUGGCAAGACACAACACCGAUGACCGCAGCGGCAAUUAACAAGCGACGUAGCGUCAAAAAAAGCGAAGCUUUCCGAUGUUGCCGCUGACGUCAAAAAAAGUAGCGACCAUUGUUCUCCAUUUCUCUCUCCUCUCUGCUACUGAAAACAGAGACGCGCGUCAUCCGUUAUUCUCUAUUUCUUUUUGGAUACUCUUUUUCCCUUCUAUAUUUCGCUGCGGCAGCGUUCGAUUAACGAACAGGACUAUUGUAGCAUUAGUCUAGCAUUCACAAAAAUUUUAAUUGAUGAAACAUCUUCGUUCUCUCUUUUUAUACCCAUCAUCUUCCUUCAUCUUCUUCCCAAGUUCUCUGUUUUCUAUUCUUCUUCUCUGUUUUUUUCUCAUCUUUAACUCUCUUUUUCUUAACUUUCUUUCACAUGGCUUUAUCUGGCUAUGAGGAUCAAAUCAGUCCCAAGUGGUACUGGUUGUUAAUCUUCAUCUUGUUUUUUGUUGCUUGUGUAGGCUUUUGCAUAGCCUACACAUGCAAGUUUCUGAUGAAGAGGAGUGAAAGGACCACUGUUACCCCGGUGAUGGAGAUGGUUCCCGUGCCAGCUCCAGCUUGAACCUGAGGAGCAACAAUUUGGAGAAGAUGACGAGGCCAUCUCCAAGAAGACCAAAUGAAUUUGUUGCAAUAGUUUAUGUUUUGUUCUUCAUUGUGUUUCUUUAAUAAAGAAGAGAACAUUUCAGUUAUAGCUUGUUUCUCUGUUUAAGAAUCUAAGUGUUCUUGCUUUCAUCAAGAUCCUUUUUAACGGUAAUCAUAGUUAAUGAUUAAGUGGAGUUGUAUCCGCAUAUAAUAUAUUUUUGUAACAAAGUUGCAAGUAAUAAGAAUAUACAAUAGUACUGAAGCAAAUGACCAUCAAAGAAGACUAAACUCACCUCUUUAGUAAGAUCACUUGCGGCCCAAGAAACAAGCUUAUUUUUAUAAGAAAAAAGGAAGCCCUAAAUUAAGAUGUCUCUGACAACCGCUAAGCUCAUGUACACAACUAAUCUCACUUAUCUAGUAAGAUCUCACUUGCUUUAGAUUUAGAGUUAGGUCAUUAGGACGUCUUGAGUUGGCAGUCUCAUUAGAGUCAAUAGCAUCGUCCGGCUUAACUAUGACUACGCCAGGUAAAGAAGAAAAUUGAGCUGAGAGAAGAAGCUGCAGAGGCAGCGGUAAAGAAGAUAGUUGAGCUGAGAGCUCAAGGGAAGAAAAGGAACCAUAAGAAGAGAUGGUUCAAGAACAAGAGAUGAGGCGUGAAGCACAAGAGGCUCACAUGAACAAGGUUAUGGUGAUGGUAUGGAGGCAAAGGAAGUUUGUGAUGAAGGAGAUGCUCAAGAGUUGGAUGAUGGUGGAUUUAAGAUCAAGUUUGUGCUAGAAGAUUCUAAGAAACCAAAAAGACUACGGUUAGGCCAAGUUGAUGGUUAAGAGAAAACCAAACAUAUAAAGGCAAAGAAAACUGAGGUGAAGGUUAAGAGAAACCAAGAAGACCAAAGUUGAACAAGGCCGAGGUGAUGGUUCUUAGAAACAAAUAGCACAAGUGGUGAUCAAAGGAGAAAAAAAAACAAGGAAGGAGUUGAAACCGGAAGAAGCGAUGAUCAAAGCCAAGAAACCAACCCGAAGAUGAGGAAGACUUGCUUACCUAAGAGAAAGGAAGCAAGGUGAACAAGAAGAAGCUCACCAAAGAGGGAGCAGGAGCUGGUUGCACACGCAGCUAGUGGAGCAGUGAGGAAAGCUCACGAGAACAGAGGAGGCUGGCGAAGAAAACAUGUCAAGAGGUGACAGAGAAAUUCACACAAGAAGCAGCUCUUGGAGAUUCCUCUCAAUAGGGAGAUGAGAAUCACAAGAGAAGAACAAGAGAGAGGGAUCAAGUCCCUAAAUGGAGUUGGAGAUUUAAUCAAGGAUUCAAGAGGAGCUUAGAAGAAGCUACAAAGGAAAAAGAAGAAGAAGGGUGAAGAGCAAGAAAAAAAAAUCACUUGCGGAACAAGUUUAAUUAUUUUUAUAAGAAAAAAGGAAACCCUAAAUCAAGAUGUCUCUUACAACCGCUAAGCUCAGGUACACAACUAAUCUCACUUAUCUAGUAAGAUCUCACUUGCUUUAGAUUUAAGUUAGAUCAUUAGGACGUCUUGAGUUGGCAGUCUUAUUAGGUAAGGAAGGGCACACUUCACAUAGCCACAUGGGAGGCUUAUAACAAUUCAUUAUCUUAUCAUCAUCGUCAUUACUUUCGCAUAUAUCACAAAGCUUCUUCUUCUUCUACAUGUAGCAAGUAAGAACAAGACUAAUCAAGAAUCACGAUGAUGGAAAGUAAGUAGUGGGAAAUGCAUUUUCUUGACAUCAAUUGCACCAAUAACUUGGUUUAACUUCUUACCUUAUAGUUGGUAACGCUUUUCUCUGUAGAAGAAGAAGAAGGUAGCGUUGUUUCUGAUCCACUUCCGUUGUCGUCCGUUAAUACCGAUCAAAGGGUCUUCAUUGGCGUCGACUGAGAAAAGAGGUUUCGGUUUAAGAAGAAAGAGGGAAGAAGAUGAUCUUUUUCUUGGGACGCAAGAAACAGAGCAAAGACAACUUCUUGUGACUUCUCUCGAAACCUAAACUUACUCUUUGAUCUGUAUAGGAAAGAAAAGUUUGGCACAAUCAAGUGGUUAUGUUUAUAAGUAAGAAAAAUGUAAGCAAUAUUUUAACCGUUUCAUUAUUCAUAAAUUCUACAAUCAACCUUCAGGACGUGAUAGUAACAAAAAGACAUGAAACUAUUACGUGUUAAAACAAACAAGAAUACAUUCGUGUUAAUGUAGUAUAACAAAGUAGCAAUGACAUAGAAACAAGUAAACAAGAAUUUACAAGAGUACUGAAGCAAAUGACCAUCAAAGAAGUCUAAUCUCACUUAUUUAGUAAUAUCACUUGCAAACCAAUAAACAAGCUUAUUUAUAAAUAAAAAGAUAUCCUAAAUCGAGAUGUCUUUGACAACCGCUAAGCUCAGCUACACAGCUAAUACUUCCUCUGUUUUUUAAAGAGUGUCACUUUAGAGUUUUUUUCUUGUUACAUAAAAAAUGUGGUUUUAGAUUUCUAAUGUAAUUUUUACUUACUUUUAGCUGAAUAUUAAUUGUAAAAUGCAUUAAUUUAAUAAAUAAAUUUAUUUAUUUUAAAUACUAUUAGUCAAUUAUAUAUAAUUAAUAAAAACACAAAUAUAUUUUAAUCAUUUUCUUAAUAUGUGUAAAAAAUGUAUAAGUGACACUUAUAAUGAAACGGAGGAAGUAUCACUUAUUGAUACAGAGCAUCUAUCUAUCGUAUGGUCAUGCUUGCCAAAUAAGUAACGUGGUUUAUAUAUGUUAAUAAAGUUUGCCUUCUAUUGUAUAUUUGUAUUAGUUUUUAUUUGUGGAUAAUUAUAAAUCCUUAAUAGAUUAGGAUACAAAGAUAUGACUACGAUCUCAUGGGUGUAGUAUAAAUAAGUUGAUAUAUAGCUUUGUACAAAUUAUUGAUAUUUUGAAUAAGAGAACCCUAAAACUUUCAGUUCUUCUUCCUUGUCUUCGAUAUUCUUUAAAAUUAAUGAAUACCAAGAACUUUCAUUUGAACAGUCAUUCUUCGGAAUCCACGGUCAUCGAAUCUUCGUCGAACGGCCAUUCCUCCUAGAAUCAACGAUCUUCGAGCCUAUCCAGCUUGGCGCUGCGCCAAUUUGGUAUCAGAACCGCAAUUCUAGUAAAGUAAUGUUUAAGAUCUAAAGUAUAAUCAAAGAGAAUUAUAUAUUUCUAAUUAGUCUUUGAAAUUUUGCUCGACUGAUGAUACUAAUUAUUCACUUAUGGCACACAAAUAUCUUAAGACUGAUGAGUCAUUGACUACAAUUUAGUUGGUCUUCCCACGUUGACUACUCUUAAUCAAUUUACAUUAUAAAGUUUCAAAAUUAAAAUGCCAUUUAGUAUGAACCCAAAAUUUUCGCAUAUACCCAAUUAAUAAAAUACUAUUUAAAUACUUCUGUUUUUCUUUAUAUUUAUAUUGUUCUGUUUUUUUUUUUGUAAGACCCUAAGAAUAUCUUAGUCUUUUUUUUAACGACGUCAGAAUAUCUUAGUCUUUUUUAUAUGUCAGAAUAUCUUAGUCAGAUAAUCCGUAUCAGUGUCUAAUCAGUAUAUGCCUGACAAAUAUAUCUGAGUUAGAAUAUCUGUCCCAGAAUCAUUCAAAUAAAUCUGAGUCAGAAUAUCUCUGUCCCGAUAUUAUGUGACAUUCAGUUAUAUAUGAGUCAGAAUAUCUGUCCCAAACAUUAAAUAUGUGUGCCAUUAAAAUAUACAGUAUUGGUUACUAUACUAUGUAGCCUCGUUCGGGCCUUGUUGGGCUUUAGAAUAUAAUGUUCAGUAAAAAUAGAAUGGACCUUACUAACAAAUAUGUGGGCUGUACGAGCUUGGACUGGUUCUUAUAGAAGUUGCUUUUUUGUGGGCUAAAACUUUUGUUCACGUAUAACUGUUUCGUAGAAGAAUGGUAACAAUGGAAGUAACCGACUCCACUGACAAACAUUUUUUGAUUAACAACAAGUAAAUAACAAUUAAAGCAGAAAUAAAUAAUAAUUUAAUAGUAAAUUAGUAAAUUACCUAUUUGGAUGUAUGUGUUCAAAAGGAAUCUGGUUGACUAUAUAUAUAUAAGCUAAACUAGAGGAGUCUAGUAAAAAAAAACAAAAACAAAAUUCUUCAAUAGAUAAAAACAUAAAAUGGAGAGUUUCUUUGUUGAGGCAGUGAAUGCAAUAUGGUGGAUAGUUGUUGUUGGAAUCAUCGGUAUGGGGUACCAUGCAUACGGUGGAGCCGUGGUGGAACAGUGGAGGAUGCGGAGAUAUUUAAGGAAGCAAGGCGUGAAGGGUCCUCCACCGUCGAUCUUUAACGGCAAUGUAUCGGAGAUGAAGAGAAUCCAGUCAGAGACUAAACAUUAUUCCGGAGAUAACAUCAUUUCUCAUGACUAUUCUUCUUCUAUCUUUCCCUAUUUCGAACACUGGCGAAAACAAUAUACGGUUUUGCUUUCGAUCUUUAUUUUUGAUAACCUUACAAAUUUACAAUGCUUUUUUCAUAGAAGAAGAAAAAUCAAAUCUAUAUAUAUAAAUCCUAAAUGGCAUAUUCGAAUUCGAGAUGAAAUCUUGAGUUCUUGCAAGAAUGGCAUUCCAGACGCAGAAACAAUUCCAAACCUCAAAACGGUGACUAUGGUAAUCCAAGAAACAAGGAGACUAUACCCACCAACCCCAAUCGUGGGAAGAGAAGCAUUCACGGACAUAAGACUCGGAAACCUAGUGGUGCCAAAAGGAGUGUGCAUUUGGAUUCUUAUUCCCGCCUUGCACCGACACGGUGAGAUUUGGGGAGAAGAUGCAAACGAGUUCAAGCCAGAGAGGUUCAGUGAGGGAAUCUCUAAAGCUUGCAAAUACCCUCAGUCAUACAUGCCAUUCGGCUUCGGACCAAGAACAUGUUUAGGCAAAAACCUUGCUAUGAUGGAAGCCAAGGUGCUUGUGUCACUUAUUGUGUCAAAGUUCAGUUUUACUCUGUCUCCAACAUAUCAGCACUCUCCAAACCACAAACUGCUUGUGGAGCCUCAACAUGGUGUUGUUAUUAGGACUAGAGAUUUUUUCCGCGCUUCGCGCGGAUUGUGUCUUAUAAAUUUAUAUUAUUUAUAAUAUUAUUUGUCGGUUUUUUCUUUUACAUUAACUUCUUGUCUUUUCAAUGUUAGUUUUUCUUAAUUUAAAUUUAUAUGUUUAUAGUUUUUCAUUUUUCUUGUUGUAGAUGGAGAAUUA